UUGGAUUUUUAGAAGCUCCCACUAAUUGAAUUCAACACUAAAUAUCGAUUUGUCAGAAGUACUUUGGAUACAAUUUGAACAAACAUGAUUACCUCAGCAACAUGCACGGUUGGUUCCAGAAACUCUUGAAAUCGAGAGGAUCUUUAUCAAAGCAACACAAUAAAGAAGCCACAAAAGGUUCAGUGUCUUCUGUUAGCGGUGUAUUAACAUCAUCCUCAUCUACAUUACCAUCGUGCUCUUCGUCGUCGCUGUCAUCAUCACCUGGGGGAACCCCCUCGAAACCACGGCAGCUGCCUACUGUUCUCAGUUCUGAGUUGAGAUGGAAAAGAAAGUAUGACGUAUUUGUUUGUCACAGCAGCGCCCAAAGUGACAUUGAAGAGGCCACACGACUGGUGUCCUUCCUCGAGGAGUCGCCCCGCUGCCUCAGGUGCUUUCUGUGGCAGAGGGACGCCUGUCCAGGAGGUGCAGUUUGCACCGAGUUUUGUCAGGCAGUGGAGAACAGUCACUUACGAGCUCUGCUUAUCACUCCUAAUUUUGUUCAGGAUGAUUGGUGUAAUUAUAUGAUGCACCAGGUACUGACAGAGGGACCCAUGUCCAAUAGGAUGAUUCCUCUGCUUCACAGCCUGUCCCACUCUCAGUACCCUAAGGAGCUGAAGUUCUACUACUACAUUGACCUGAGCAGGAACCCCAUCGAAGCCUAUACGCUUGUCAACAGGACGGUACUCCAGUACCUGGAGGACCUGGUUAAAAAAGAGGUGACUCAUAAUUUCCAGAUGAGUGGCUCUAGCAGUGGAUUAGAUGGAGCAGACAGCUUACAAGAAGACAAGCUGAUGUCCCAGCACAGCCCUGCUGGGACUGCUAUUCCACUGGAAGUGAUGCAAAAGAGCCAUAAACACUUUAGUGACAUUUCUUGUGAUCAGUAGCAGCAGCAAUUAAAGAAUAUGACGCAGGAAGGGAGAAACUUAGCUACUGACUGACCUCUGUUUUAGUGAUCCUUUUAUCACAGCGUGCGGUUAUUGCUUUAUUAACACUGGAUAUGUGGCAGAAC